AUGGCUCAUGGUGAUCUGGGAGAUCUCUUGGCCAAGGUGCUCCCCACCGGGGCCGAGGUCACUGUCCGCCAUAUCUCAUCUACACCCGUCCCAAGUGUCGCCCUCUUCGCCGCAGCGCCCGGCCAUCAGCCCGAGUCCACCUUUUGCGAAAAUCACUUCCUUUCCGUUUCAAUUGACUCGCCCAAAGAUGCCGCGGCUGAGAUCAUUGUUUUUGGAAUUGAAGUACUGAUCUACAACUCGGCCCACCUUACCACAAUAUUUGUAUCGAAGGCUGAUUCCACUGGCCUUCUGCACCUACUUAAAUUACCGCAGAAAGUCUCGGUCCUGAGACUGAUCACUCAUACCUUUUUGUCUCACCUGGCUCGCACCCACCAACGGCCUGGGGUACGCUUAGUCGUGUCGUUGUUUGCGCGUGCUCAGAACCAAUACAUCUUCCCCGGCAGCAUUGAGAAUGCGGAAAAGCAUGUUCUCAAUGACCGAGGCUUGAUCAAAUGGUGGUGUCGCGCUAUUGAUCCCAUUCUCAAUGAGCACGAGCCCGAAUCUGUCUCGCAGGAUAGCAAGCCAGUCGAUCAGACCAUAGAGGCCUCCAAAGCUUCCUCAACCGCAUACUUGAUUGUCCCUGGAUGCGACCGCCUUGAAACCCGCGGCUUUUUCCCUUCCACUUCCAAAAAUUAUGCACAGGGUCAGCCUCGAUGGCUCGCAAGUUACCCGUUGCGCCAAAUGGUUGAUGAUCCCGCCGCUCCGCCCCGGUGUCUGAUUCCCCGGCUUCCAGAUGAUCCCAAGACACGCUUUCUGAUCGAUCUGGAUGACGAACUUCCAGAACCUACCCAGGGUGAAACACAAUCUCUUCAAACUGGCCAAUGGCGAAGUAUCAAGUCUGUGGACCAGUUCUGGGAGAUGAUGUCAUAUCGACAGGAGUGCUCUGCUGGCCGACUGGUUGGGUUCCUCUGGCUUGUCAUCAACCCUCCUGGCCUGAUCAACUCGACAACAAUGGCUAGCCAGACACGUGCAUCUAUUGAAACGAGCUCGGGUUCCCACGAAGCGGAAGCCUCUAAUCCGUUGGAGGAUGAGCACCCGCAAGAGGUUUCCAGUAAGGCAGAGCCUGGGUCUCCAAAAUAUACAACUGCAGUUGGUACAAUUACACCAGAGGAGACUUCUGAACACCUUCCAGUGUCUUUUGACCGCCCUUCCUUCCAGACCGACAUCUUAGCUCCUUCAGCGAAUGACAACCCAUUCUUCUGGCCCGAGGCCGGCCGAGGACAAGUGGUUCUCGAUGCGGAAGAUUAUAAAAAGAUGAUGGACGGGGUCCUAGAUCAUUUCUAUGAUGAAACAGAAAUCGUUGCCAGCACUCGACUCUAUGUUGAUCAGGUAGCUUCUCUGGCCGAUCAACUUACAUGGGGCCAACGGGUAGUUGGCACUCAUACACAUGAGGUGGCUGCCGCUCAACCUGCAGCUAUAAAUAACCUUCUCAACGGUAGUUUAGUACGCAAAAGGAAGAAGCCGGAAGCUGAGAGUGGAACCCCCACUAGGGUUGAUGCAGAUGUCGGCCCGGCACAACCGAGCGGGACUGGUGCCGACGCUCCAGCCCAGGCAGCUGUUGUUAAUGUUCUCGGUGCCGGCUUAUUGCGGAAGAAGAAGAAGACAUGA